GUCCACAGAUAACAAGUCGCGUUUCAAGCCUCAAGCAGGCCUGUAAACUUUGUCCCUGUGCUGUACAUUUUAUCGAUAAAGUUUGCAUUUGAAUCCUCCUACCACUGCUAGAAUGAUGGCGUCGGACCAAACUGUGCACGGAGUUCCUCCUUCACUGUCUGCUAAAGUGGUUGGCUCAUUCGCCUAUUUGACCAUAAGAGACAGACUGCCGACCAUCCUGACUAAAGUUGUAGACACAAUACAUCGCAACAAAAACAAGUUUUUUGAAGAAUAUGGAGAGGAGGGUAUCCAGGCAGAGAAGCAAACAAUAGGUCUGCUGUCUAAGAUGAGGAAUGAGUUGCAAACCGAUAAGCCGGUGCUGGCACUAACAGACAGCCUGCAAGACACAGAGGCCUGGAACCAGUACCUGCAGAGACAUCAGAAACUCCAAGGAGAUCCAGAGGCUGUAAGCUGGUUCAAGUCUCCAUGGCUCUAUGUGGAGUGCUACAUGUACCGCAGGAUACACGAGGCCCUCUGGCUCAAUCCUCCCAUUAGUGACUAUGAUGUCUUUAAUGAGGGAAAGACUCAGAGCUAUUUCGAGUCUCAGCAGGCUAUGAUGGCCUUAUGUUCACACUUGGAGACCGUCAACAAGAACAUGGAGGAGCUCUCCAAGAAUCAGCUGUUUGAGCAUUUUAACCAACUGCUACAGGUUUCUCUCUGGGGGAACAAGUGUGAUCUGUCCAUCUCUGCUGGCCAAGACAACUCACAGAAGACCAGUCCGGUAGAUUCUCUCGACAGCCUACAACCCUUUAUCUUGGUGAAUGACACCAAAAUGGUUUGGUCAACUCUUAUUUCUGCCCAGCGACCAGGACAGUCAGAGAAAACCCCUUCAGUCAGAGUGGACUUUGUUCUGGACAAUGCUGGCUUUGAGUUGUUCACUGACUUGGUCUUAGCAGAUUUCCUGGUUUCCUCCGGCCUUGCCCAUGAGGUCCAUUUUCACGGCAAAUCCAUCCCGUGGUUUGUCUCCGAUGUCACAGUUAACGAUUUUCAGUGGACCAUUCAGCAGACGAUGGCAGCCAAUCACAAGUGGAUGUCGAAGAGUGGUGUCCAGUGGAAGAGGUACGUGAAGGAGGGCGUGUGGUCCUAUCAUGAUCAUCCUUUCUGGACACAGCCCCAUGAGUUCUGUGACAUGGCAGCUGAUGCUCCUGACCUGUAUGCGACCCUGCAGGGGGCAGACCUGGUGCUGUUUAAAGGCGAUCUCAACUACAGAAAGCUGACGGGGGACAGGGAAUGGGAUCACACAGUGUGCUUUGAUACUGCGCUACAAGGAUUUGGGCCCGCCCCGCUGUGCAGCCUGAGGACUCUCAAGGCCAACAUCCAGGUCGGCCUGCAGCCGGGCCAAGCGGAGAAGCUCAGCUCCCAAGAUCCAGACUGGAUGACCAACGGCAAAUACGCAGUCAUUCAGUUCCACAGCUCAAAGUCUGAACAGAAAGACUGACCUCGGGAUCUCACUGGAAGAUUCAUUUGAACAUUACAACAAGAUGUACCACAAGAAGGCGUUACCUGAAGCCAUAAGACCAUAAAGUAACAUGAGGUUGUUGAAUGAUGUCUUUGUUCCUCAUUGUCAGUUGGCACCUUAUCAUGUUUGAUACAGAAAUGCACUGUAACUGAAAUAUUUAAGUUAUUUUCACAACAUAUUUGUACUACAUCAUGCUUAAACUGUAAGCACUAUAAGAUCUAAAUGUUUACCCAUGAUUUGAACUAGGGAUGCACGAUUGGUGAAGUUUGAUACCAAUGUUUAAAAUUUUGCUCAUAACUGAAGCUGAUGAAGUUGUUUUUUGUUGUUGUUAUCCAUUUAUUAUCCCUUUUGCACCAGGGAAACAAAAA